UUUGACUGGAAAACGUCACUGCAACUCCAAAACCACGCCGUCUCAAAGUAAAAGCAAAACUCUUAUGGCCACCGCCGCCGCCAUUUCCCUCUCUCUCCCGCCACAAACUCGCCGUCUAUCCGCCUCGAUCGCCGCUCCUCUUCGAUCAAUUUGUUCUCUUCAUUUCGAUUCCCUCCGUUCCAACUUUUAUUCUCUUAGAAACCCCAACUUUCGAGUCGUCGCUUCUUCCAUGAGAAUCGGAACUCCGGAGGAAAUCUCCACGACGUCGUUCCUUGACCGAAAGGAAAGUGGGUUCCUUCAUUUCGUCAAGUAUCACGGCCAUGGAAACGACUUCAUUUUGGUUGAUAAUAGGGACUCGACAGAACUGAGGAUUACGCCAGAGCAAGCGGUGAAGUUGUGCGAUAGGAACUUUGGUAUAGGUGCUGACGGAGUGAUUUUUGCGAUGCCGGGAGUCAACGGUACAUAUUAUACUAUGCGAAUCUUCAACUCUGAUGGCAGCGAGCCUGAGGUAAUCAGCUUUUUCUUUUUGAAAAGUUGCUAGAAGAAGUAUAUGUCA